AUGGGUAUUUUUGGUCAUCAUCAUCUCGACCCUAUCACCGAGCCCAUUGCCAUUUUCGAACAAUUUGUCUCAAACGAGCCGCAGACAUUGAUUCUGAAGGAGAAGGUGCUUUCUGUCUCUGGGGAUAGCUUUGAGAUCAAGCUAGCUACCGGGGAGCCUCUUCUCAAAGUUCAUGGUGCUUGGAUAUCCCUUUCUGGUCGCAAAAAGGUCGAGGAUACACACGGCAAACACCUUUUCGAUAUCUCCAAGGAGCUUCUACAUCUCCAUACAACUUACGCCAUCGAGGAUCCCCAUAAGAAGAAGAUAUGUGAAGUGAAGAGUAGUCUGAAAUUGCUGGGCUCAAAAGCCACCGCGACCUUCACCGACCAUAACGACAGGGCGGUGACAUUCACCAUGAAAGGAGGCUGGUAUGACCAUAGUGCCGAUAUAGUCAAUGAUAAAACCGGUCAAACGGUUGCACGCAUUGACCGAAAAUUGCUUAGCGGUCGUGAUCUUGUGUUCGGCCAACAGACAUAUGCUGUCGUCGUUGCCCCUGGUGUAGAUGCGGCUUUGAUUGCCGCCCUUUGUAUAUGCUUUGAUGAGAAGAAUAAUGAUGAACGUGGUGAGUGA